AUGCUCAGUGCCGAGGAGCAAGCCCACAUCGCGCAGGUCUGGGACCUGAUCGCCGGGCACGAGGCGCCGUUCGGGGCGGAGCUGCUGCUCAGGCUCUUCACGGUGUACCCCAGCACCAAGCUCUACUUCCAGCACCUGGGCGCCUUCCCGGACGAGGUGCAGCUGCUGAGCCACGGGCAGCGGAUGCUGCAGGCGGUGGGCGUGGCGGUGCAGCACCUGGACGACCUGCGCGCCGUGCUGCGCCCGCUCGCCGACCUGCACGCCCACGUGCUGCGCGUGGACCCCGCCAACUUCCCGCUGCUGAUCCAGUGCUUCCAGGUGGUGCUGGCCUCCCACCUGCAGGGCGAGUUCACGGUGGAGAUGCAGGCGGCGUGGGACAAGUUCCUGACGGGCGUGGCGAUCGUGCUGACCGAGCACCAGCGCUGA